ACUGGUGGUCUGGCUGGUGCAAGCUCUGUUACUUUUGCAUGCUUGGAAAGCGGGCUACUAGUAGCAGAGGGUUGAGCGUGUGUUGGUUUGCAGGUCUGAGCUAAAUGGCUUUUCCUGGGACAGUGUACUAAUGCAGAGAUCCCUUUUGCUUUUAAUUUUUCCCCCAACGCUAAGCUAUUGCAAUGGUGGGAUUUAAAGAUAACGUGGUGGCAUUGCAAGAUCAGUUGUGUGUUUAUUGCAGUUAAGUUUCAAGAAUCUGGAUGUGGGGGAGACUGCAGAGAACUGAGCAUGUACUUCGGGUACCCGCCAGGAGCAUGCACCGGUUUGCAGUGCUUGCCAAGCAAACUGCAGCAAGCCCGGGCUGUAAAAGGCCAGGGUCCUGCAGGAAUGGAAGGAGAGACGUGGCUUUGCGAUGCAUUGCCUCGCUGGUGGAGGGGAAACAGCACCAGCAGCGCUUUACCCAGCGCACUCGCCCGCGGAGAGAAGGACUCUUGCGUUGGAACAGCGCUGCUGAGGCCUCUGCAGUGAAAAUCAACGAGAAGACGAGCAGGGAGAAAAUCCUGACGCUGGAGUCCAUGAACCCGCAGGUGAAAGCGGUGGAAUACGCCGUGAGGGGCCCCAUUGUCCUGAAAGCUGGCGAGAUCGAGAAGGAGCUGCGGAAGGGAAUCAAAAAGCCUUUUACUGAGGUCAUUAAGGCCAACAUUGGUGAUGCACAUGCAAUGGGACAGCAGCCCAUCACUUUCCUUCGUCAGGUGGUUGCACUUUGUACAUACCCAAACCUGUUGGACAGCCCAAGCUUCCCAGAAGACUCUAAGAAGAGAGCCAGACGGAUCUUGCAGGGGUGUGGAGGGAAUAGCUUAGGGUCUUACAGUGCCAGUCAAGGUGUAAAUUGCAUCCGUGAAGAUGUUGCAGCGUACAUUGAAAGACGAGAUGGAGGAGUUCCUGCAGAUCCAGAUAAUAUAUACCUUACCACAGGGGCUAGUGAUGGAAUUGCUACUGUUCUAAAGAUCCUGGUCUCAGGAGGAGGGAAAUCCCGAACUGGAGUGAUGAUCCCAAUCCCACAAUACCCCCUGUAUUCAGCAGCCAUAUCUGAACUAGAUGCCAUCCAGGUGAACUAUUACCUUGAUGAACAGAAUUGCUGGGCACUAGAUGUGAAUGAACUGCGUCGUUCCUUGAAUGAAGCCAAAGCGUACUGUAAUCCAAAGGUUCUGUGCAUCAUCAACCCAGGAAAUCCCACUGGUCAGGUUCAAAGUAGAAAGUGCAUUGAAGAUGUUAUACAUUUUGCUUGGGAGGAGCAACUCUUUCUUUUGGCUGAUGAGGUUUAUCAAGAUAACAUUUACUCAGAAGAAUGUCAGUUUCAUUCCUUCAAAAAGGUUCUGUAUGAGAUGGGACCAGAAUACUACAGCAAUGUGGAGCUAGCAUCCUUCCAUUCCACCUCCAAGGGAUACAUGGGCGAGUGCGGUUACCGAGGGGGUUAUAUGGAGGUCAUUAACUUGCAUCCAGACAUAAAAGGACAGCUUGUUAAACUUCUCUCUGUUCGCCUCUGUCCUCCAGUCUCUGGACAGGCAGCUAUGGAUAUCGUAGUGAAUCCUCCAGUACCUGGGGAAGAAUCUUAUGCACAGUUCAUUAAGGAAAAGGAGUCUGUUUUGAACAAUCUUGCCCAAAAAGCCAAGCUAACAGAAGAUAUGUUUAAUAAAGUGCCAGGAAUUCAGUGCAAUCCACUUCAAGGAGCUAUGUAUGCCUUCCCAAGGAUAUUUAUCCCUUCCAAAGCCAUUGAGACAGCAAAGGCUCAUGAAAUGGCCCCUGAUUUAUUCUACUGUAUGAAACUUUUGGAAGAAACUGGAAUAUGUGUUGUACCUGGCAGUGGAUUUGGCCAAAGAGAAGGAAGUUACCACUUCAGAAUGACCAUUCUCCCUCCAGUAGAGAAGCUGAAGAUUGUGCUGGAGAAAGUGAAAGACUUCCACAUACAGUUUCUUGAAGAAUAUGCAUGAAAGAGAUGCAGACUCUUCCUCUCCCCCCCCCCCCAAGCAAAUGCAGAAAAUGAACAAUAUGUGCUGAGAAUGGGCUGCUCAUCUUGUUAAGUGCAUUUACAAUAGAUAGAGCCCAUAUGUGGGCAAAAGUUACACUUCUUCCUGAACAAUUAAACCUAAUGUCUGGUGUGGGAGAUACUGCUAUAGAGGUGGGUGGGAGGGGAACAUGAAGAGGGAAGGUGAAGAGAGAGUCUAGCAGACUAUUUUGUGCCUUGACUGGAAGUUAUAUUCUUGACUUACACUUCUGGCCAGUUGGUUGUGGAGGAAAGUCACUUAUGAAAACUAUUGAUGAUAUUGCCUUCUACAAAACAGAAGUCCAACAUAUUUGCUCAGAAACAUCCAUUUCCUGUUUGAGAUUUUACCCCAAAAAAUCCUAAAAUCUACAUUCUAGGUGUGGUUGGGAUGUUAUUGUUUUUGAGUAUAAAGUGUUACCCACAUCUGAUCAAACUGGCAGCUGUUAGAAUAUUCAUAAAAAUCUUUGGUAGAUCAUUUUGUGUGACUAAGUUCUAUUGCAUCUGAACUUUACAUUAUUUCUAAAUAAAAUCUGAGUGGACCAC